UCUCUCCGUGAAGCCCCCCGUGCCUCACUCUACCUCUCCCUCUCUCCUCCGGCCACCGCCACCACCAAACCGUAGGGCAGAGGACGCUGAAAGAACCCCAGCCAACCGUCGCCGACCGCACGCGCACCUAGAAGUUGCGACACCGCUUCUGGUGGCUUCAGCGCAGCAUUCUAUGUCUACCGGUGACCAAACAGGGCCUUCGGAACAGAAGGCGGUGAUUGUAAGGGUUAAGCGCAAAGCCAACCAGUCUCCCAUUGAUGCUUUCUGGCUUGAAAUCAAUGAGAGGCCGCUCAAGCGUCCUCUUUUGGAUUUGGCCAAGCUUUCACUCUCUGAUUCACCAGGAAAAGCAACAGCAGAAGAAUUGAAGACAAAGAAGGUUUUUGUGCAGCAUGUAGAGACUGUAAGCAGCUUUGACAUCACGAUUGACCUUGUGAAAUCAUUUGUGGAAGCUACUACGGAUGGAGUGUCCGAAAGUAAAACAAAGAGUGAAGAACGGAGACACUCUUUAAAAAAGGAUAAUAAACAAGAGCAGCUUUUGUCUAAAGCCAAACAGAGGCAAGAGGCCGUAGCAAAAAAUGCCCGUUUUGAACAAAUAUGGAGGAGCCGAAAGGGAAAGGAAGAAGAAUCUGAUAAAUUACAGGAAAUGUGUCAUUUCUAUGAUGUUAUUCGUGUUGAUACCGAGGAAAGAUCUAAUGAACAGAAACAGCAGGAUGAGUUAUCGUUGGAGGACCAGAGGAUUUUGCAGAGCUACUUGCCUCUACUGAGAGAAUUCAUUCCCAGUGCGGCUUUAGAAGUUGAAUCAGAUUUGCAUGCUCAAAAACAAGAAUCUGAAGAUGAGUAUGUAUAUGACGUCUAUGCUGUGAACGAUGAAAUGCAUAUAGCGGAUGAAGAUUCUUCCCACCCAUUUCCUUUGGUGCAAGUUGAUGAUGAGGAUGUCUAUGAUGUGCCUGAUGAAUCAGAACAUGACUCUGAGGAUUCAAAUGAUGAAAACAAUCCAAAUUUUGAUUACCCGGAUGAGGAAUCUGAAGAUGAAGAAGAGGAAUCGGACAGUGAAGCAUCUGAUAAUGAAUCAAAAGAUGAGAGUGUCAGUGAUAGAUCCUUAGAAUCCAAGGAUUUAGAGGAGUAUGCGAUUUCAGGUGAUGAUCUUUCUUUUGAUCAUGAAGAUGAUAGGGAUGAUGGUGAAGACUGGAUGUAAACGUCAGUUUUUUGUGUACACUAUGGCUUGGAUCAUGCUGCUCUUUGGUAAUCUUUUGCACAAGUACAUCCAUUAUCAGAUGUUAAGUAUGAAUCAGUGUUUAGAUGCGUUAUGAUGUGAAUACAUAUUCCCUUUUAACUUAACACCCCUGAUGGUAGUAGUAGGUUUGGGCAAGGGAAACCUUUCCUCUUCCAUAUAGGAGGUCCCCCUUUCAGUGAUUGACCAAGUUAAAUUAAUGAGAGAUCUACGUGGGAUUAUCUUGUUUCCGAGAUGAAGUUGCGGUAAUGUUUUUACACCCAAAUGCUCAUCUUUUACAAUAGAGCAAGGAGUUUCUUCUUUUGUUCUUCUGGAGAGAUUUCUGUAGCUUGUUCAUUCUUACUUGGUGAUCCUACCUGUGUAUAUUGCUUAAUGCUGCAAUUUGGUUUG